UUUUCUGAUAUCCACAAGUCUCGUGUAGACCGACCGACAUGGGCAUUCCACAGCAACUUCGUCUCCCAAGGCCCGCCUUUAAAACUUCGCCCUCGUCACCAGCGGCGCCAUGGUGGCCGCUCUUCGCCUCGUGUUUCCUGCUCUCGGCUCUAUCGAUUGCCAAUCUGGGGCUAAUCAACUCCAUGGUCGGAUGGCUCCUCAAGCAAAAACACAAUGUUCAUACCUAUCAAAUCGACUGGCCUGGAAACACGACCCCGUUGAACGUGGAGCCCAAGCACCUGUGGGCCGACCAAGGCCAUGAGAGCAAUGGCGUGGCAGGAUACGGCUUCUUCCUGGGAAUCUUCGGCAUGGUAACGGCGUGGAGAAUGCGGAGCGCUCAAGGGCAGCGCGUGAGGAGUCUAACGGCACUCGUGGUUCUGCUGUCUCUUGCCGUCCUGUUCACCCUGUCGGCUUUCAUCUUCGUCUUUGUAGUCACAUAUCAGACGGCUGGUCAGUCUAUUCGCGAGCCCGUCGCCUCCAACACGGUCGGCAUGAACUACCCAGAGUUUCACUGGACACCCGAGACUUGGUUCAAAGCCGUCUUAGAUCUUCCUCUAGCGGACCCGGCAGUACGAAAGGACAUGGACCACAAGGUCACGAACAUGGUGGCCUGGCGGUGGAUGUUGCUCGUGAUCUUCAUUGCGGAUGUCAUUGCGUUUAGCAUGGCGACUAUGGCCUGGUUGAGGCAGCGUAGGGGUGUCGUUGCGCGAACGGACUCUGCAAACGAUGUAGAAAAGUGAAGACGCUCUGUUACACGUAGUCUCUAUAAUAAUACCCAACAAGCGGCGUCCGUGUAAUAUUACAUGCUGGUUAUUUGACCGCCAAAU